AUGUUGGUACUACGAAUGUACUCGAAGGCCGGGGUGGCGGAGUCGUUGACGGUGGACUCGAGGCGCGCCGGCGCGUGCCUGGUGGGCAAGAUGAAGCGGUUCCUGUCGCCCAAGUGCCACGCCCUCAUGCUCGACGAGGGGGAGCACCUCGGGAUCAACUCCAGGAACACCGUGCUGCUCAACGUGUACGAGAUGCUGUUGGUGUGUGCGGCCAAAACGGCCACUUCCGCUCUCCGUUUGCCUCGUGGUCCCGCUGGCAACGCCUCCUUGCUGUCGAACGGUGCUCUCGAGACGACGGCCUACGCCUACAGCCUGAUCCAGAACCGCUCCAACAGGCGCAACGGGAGUUUUGGCACCUCCAGAGGAGUGCGGUGCGUCUGCAAGAAUCACCGUUUCCAGGUGACCUGGGUUGGCCUCCCCGCCUUCAGGGAGGUGUUCGGCGCCUUCCCGAUGAAGGACCGCGGGUUCGCCCGCUGCAAGCUCCACGUGGAGAGCGCCCUCAGGGAAACUGCCGGUUCUCGGGGAGGAGGCUUCGAAGGGUUCAGUAGAAAGAUUCGCAAGGGCAAGGAGGGUGCGGCCGCUGCAGGCUGGGAGGAGGAAGCGACUCCCGACACGCAGCAUGGGGUACGGCGCGGCAGGGCGUACGGCCGGCUUCGACGUGUCGUGCGCUCGCCGGACGCGCUGUCGUUGCUGCAAACGCUCACGUCGUAAGCACGCGCGUAACACUAGCCGGGCAGAACGAAUAUGUUCCAGGCAUCCCGCG